UUCCUGGAGUUGGAGAGCAGUGGGCAGCGCAGUGAGGUGCGUCUCCACUACCGCACCAAGGGUCAGCAGGCCCACACUGAGGUGUUCCCCUACAGCCUGGCAGACGGACAGUGGCACAAGGUCUCUGUGGCGGUCAGCGCCUCUCACAUCAUACUGCACGUCGACUGCAACAGGUACGCUUCAUGAACAGAGCCAUAAUAAUGACACUAAUCAUGUUUCAUUUAUUCCAGUAUUAUUUCCAUUGUAAGCUACCUAGGGCUGGGCGGUAAACCGUAAAGAAACCCCAGAUAUACCGGUAUUCAUUCAUGGACCGUUUAGGAUUUUUACUUUACCUUCUAUAACGGUAUUUAAAUGUUUGAUUUGUUGCAUUAAAUAAUUUGGUAAGGACUCGAAAAAAUGAUGGCAAACAUCAGUUUUAUCGGCAGUAAGAAAACUGCUAAGCUGAGAGCUACUAGCUAACUUUCUAGCACAACAAGUCAACAACUUCGGGAGGGAAAGCUUGCAAAAUAGAUCCACAGAAAUCCGACUGUGUAAAUGAUAACAAAUUAGUGCACGAUAUUAAGACAUUUCAGAAAAUUCUGGAACUGAAUUGAACAAAUAACUAUGCAAACAAGACUGUCAUACUGUCAAAAAUGAAAAAUACUGUGAUAUGAUAUUUUGGCCAUAUCACCCAGCCCUAAAUAUACUUAUAAGUAGGGAGUAGGAUGACAGAAGAGGGUGUUUUUAGUGUUAGGGGCAUUAUUACUAUUCAAUUUAUUCAAAUAUUAUUGUUACAAGUUUUAGUGGUUGUAGUAUUAGGUGUGGUGUAGUUGGCAAUUAUGUUUCAUGAUGAGCGGUAAUCAUGUUUUGCUGAACCCUCUGUGUUUCUGUUUUUCUGUCUCUGUAGGAUCUAUGAGAGGGUAGUGGAGAUCCCGUUCAUGGACAUACCUGAUGACACAACUUUCUGGCUGGGACAGAGGAACAGCGCCCAUGGCUACUUCAAGGUAAAUAUUACAUGUUUUGUAAAGCUGAAAACUCUUAAUGGUGGUUUAUGUUUGAUGGUGGGCGUCAUAAACGGUGAUGAUGCUGCUUGAUAAAUUAUUCAAAUCAUUGAGGAGAAAAUUAAGCGCGUUGGCUCAUGGACCAUUUUCCCACAAUCCACCAUGGUACGUACUCCCCACCCCCUUCCCAUCCUUGGUUGUUCAACCAUGGACUUUAUUUAUAAAGUCUGGGAAUUUAAUUGGUCACAUUUCUCAAGUUUGCCAAUGUAAAUUGUGCAUUCUUUUUCUCCCUUCUCUCUUAUUAAGAAUGAAUUGACAUGUUUGUCCCAUAUAUUGUUUACCCCCUUGUUUACUGCUGCUGUGCAUAGCCUGCGUAAUUAUCCCAGGAACACUGAUUUGCUAGAAAUCGGUAAAAGCCUUGGCCUGGACCGUGCUCAUUAAACAUGCUCCAUUGUUUAUCAGACUUGAAGAUGUAUUGCCCCUCACAGCGGUUUAAUCCCCUCAGGAACAUCCUUCCCACAGGGAGAAGUUAGAGUAUAAUGUCAGCUUAUCGGCUUUUACCUAUUUUAACCACACUGGUGGUGCUUUGUGUUUGCUGUCGGGCAAAUUGAUCACCAGAAUGUGUGUCUGUGCGUGUGUGUGUACAUACAUGUGUGUGUGUGUGCAUGCGUGCGGUGUGUCUGUGUGCGUAUUGUGUCUUUGUGUAUCGGUCUGUGUGUGUGUUGCUUCUGGCUGUUGCAUUUCCUUAACGUUAAUUGGCAGAUGAAAGAAGACUUGGAGGUCACCCACUAAUCUUGACGUUUGCCCAACACACCUUUCCCUCCUUGCUUCUGAAUCCCUGAUUAGUGCUGGGAAAGGAAAGCCACAUCUCUUCUAAAGAGAAAAAAAACUCCUUAAUUAACGAUCAGAUACACCCCCCCCCCCCCCCCCCCCCCCCCUUCCCUAGUCUAAUGGGUUUUCUGCCUUCCACUGAGUCUAAAUUACCGGGAGAUGGAAACAUGUUUAACAAAACACGACUCAUGCCUGCUUCCAUCUCACCUGAUGUUGCCAAGAGGAAUCAGCGAAUUGGUUUCUUUGGAUUUGAAUUUAUGGCCAGUAAAUUGAAGUAGCAAGACAAUUUAAAAAAACUAUUUCUCAUAAGUUGCGCAGCUACAAAAAAUCCAUUCAAGGAAUGGAAGGGGCCAGGUUUCCAUGGUUACUGAGUGUCUGGAUGUGUGGUUUGACCACAGGACGAAAGGCUAUCAAAUUAAGAGACCUAUGAAUCAAAUUGAAACUGUAUCUCAUAGUUAUGCUUAUCAAAGGAAAUCAGGAGAAAACAGAAAUUGCUAUUAUAUUCAUGACUCCCGUAUCAUUGGUUCACUUUGCAUCCAAUUUCAGUCCAAUUAUCUCACCACAAAUCAGACUGUACCAGUCCAGAGAACACAUUAACUCAGAAUAAACUUGUCAGACUGCCUCCCCGAUAUUGAAACACACAUUUCCAGUAACAUUCACUAAAUAUUUCAUACAUUUGUUUACUGAUAACAGUAUUUAUUGAAGUUGUGCAAGAUUUGAAGAUGAUGAAUCGUGUGUGUGUGUGUGUGUGUGUAUGUAUGUGCCUGCAUGCCACAGUAAAUGAACAAUAAACUAGGCAUAUAGACCAAGUUUCAUCCCUGUUAUCUCUCCUCAACCAUACCUAUUGCACAUUAGUUUCCCUAGCUUCUCUUUAUAUAACACCAUCCACUGCAUUGAUGAUGGCUCUCCUCUCAUUUCAGGUGCUAUCUGUGAUCAAGUAGGACACAUUUAGUCUGAAGAGACAGUAUGCUCUGUGCUGGCUGUAACUAAGUCUGUGUUUUUUCUGUGUGUGUGUCUGCAGGGUGUAAUGCAGGAUGUUCAGAUACUAGUCAUGCCUCAGGGAUUCAUCUCCCAGUGCCCAGAUCUCAACCGGAGUGAGUCCACACUUAUUUUAUUAUAAUUUUAUUCACCUGUAACAUUAAGGUAUGUGUACACAUGUUGGAUCUGUGGUCGGUUCUUUUCUAGCAUGCCCAACCUGCAAUGACUUCCACGGACUGGUGCAGAAGAUCAUGGAACUGCAGGAUAUCUUAGCCAAAACAUCCAGCAAGGUACUGGGAUGUAUCCUGGUCAUACACCUUUGUUGUCAAGGCUGAUAGCUUAGCCUUAGGCUAUUAAUUUCUGCUUCAACAAGUUUCCUUCACCAUCAAAGAUGCAACCAUACUGGCUAUGAUCUACCUCCAUACUGGCCAUCUAUGGUCUACUUAUAUGAAUAUACUUUGAUCAUGUUGUACAGUGAAGAUCUCCUUUAGUGCAUGGUUGACUGUAGCGGGGCUUGUAGUAGGACUUGUUUCAUGUGUAAAGAGAUGGAUGAUAUGCACCGAUCUGAGGCUCACUCCCCCCUCUAACCUCCCACUCCCUCCCCCCUUCCUCCCUUUGUAUCUGGGCUUGGCAUGGCCAGCUGUCCAGGGCGGAGGAGAAGAUGAAUGGUCUGGAUGGAUGCUAUUGUGAGAGGACCUGCAGUGUCAAGGGGGUCGUCUACAGAGAGGACGAGUCCUGGACAGAUGGCUGCAGGAACUGCACUUGC